AUGGUAGACACCUCCACAACAUGCAAGAUUUUCCAUGAAGUUCUCCUGCUGAAUGAGCUGUUCCUGGAAGACAUGAUUUGGGUGGGCAACCCCCAGGAGCUGAUGGCAGGGUUACAGGAGAAGGGUUUUCCAGGCCUUCUUGCGUGUAUUGACAGCACAGACAUUGAAAUUAUGGCGUCUCCUGGUGUAGUUCAUGAUGGCCUGAAAGUCAGGCCGAGGGGAGGGGUACUCCGAGCUUCAGCAUGUAGCCAGCCAAUCAAGAGCAGAGGAGGAGAGUCUUCACUUUCUUCUCCCUGCUUCUGCAAUAGACAUAUCGGCUUCAGGCUGGCAAUCCUCAGACAGGGUUCACCCAGAAAUCCAGCUGUCAUAAAAAGCACCAUAAUUGAAAUUACAUGUUUGUUGCUUUGGUCCUUUACAUUAGUUGCAUGGCCUGUGUUUUCAUUCAUUCUUGUGGCCAUCAUCCGAAUCAAAUUUCCCCCAGAAGCCCAGCCAAAUUGUUACCUUGCCCCCCGGAACCUUCCAAGUGCAGGAUUUUUCCCAUUUCUCCAAACCUUGCUGUGUAGUUCAGAUGCCACCUGCAAAGGCACACCAUAUACCCCUGCAGACCUGCUGCCACAGCUGAAUGGCAUUUCACCUAUUAACCGAAAGCAGAGAAGGUCAGCUAACCCAGAGAAGGACAGCAAUCCAUCAUACCGGAGUGCUGAUGUUCCCAAAAGCAGGAAUGGUUCAUUGGAGCUAAUUGAUUCAAUAGCCGAUCUGAAAAGCACCAUUGGAAAUAUAUCGUCAUCAGCCAGCCAUGCCAGAAUUUACUUGCUCAACAAAAUUCUCAGUCUAGGGGAGAUGCAGAUGCAAAAAUCACCUGUAGAAAACCUUAAAGCUAGUGCCUGUGAAGUUAUGUCAACAUUUGCAACAUCGCAGAAUCUCCCGUGGGGAGUCUUGGGGAAAAAUAUCUACCAGACAUUUUGCUUCACCAACUUGUCUCUUAUGGAGUCAUUUUUUAAAGAAUUUAGAAAUCAGAUUCCUAAUUUACAGCAUGAUCCUCAGUACCAGGCGGCAUUUGUGAAGGAAACAGUAUCUUUCUUAUCGCUCAUCUCCCAAGUGCAGAAUGAAACUUCUCUAUGGCGCAUCCUCCUGAUGGCCCCAGAUAUCGUUCAAGGUGUCUACAAUGUGAAGGAUAUGCUUUCUGCCCUUCAGAAUACAAGCAGGGUUGUUAUGGAUGUGGAAAAGGAUUCUUCACUAGUUAUGAGCCACAAUGGACUUCAAACCAUUCAGGAUAUGAUUAGCAGUCUGCUAUGUUCCUCGAACUGUUCAGAACAAGAUAAGAACAAUUCAGUGAUGACUGGCAUUAAUGAACUCUCCCAUUACUGGAAAUACAACCAGACUGUAUUAGCUCAAAUGAAAGAUAUUUUGAGAAAAUUGUCUCCAGAUUUUGCUGGUGAAGAGUUCAAAAUGGGCCAUCUCUCAAAGGAUUUAGAAACUAUUAAGAAGACUCUACAGCUUUUCAAUGAUUUACAAGAGAAAUUUACUACUACCGCACUGAAAAACCUAGAGCUAUUCAAACAAUCUGAGAACAACACUAUACAGAGAUGGGCUGAAAUCCUGCAGUGGCAAAUGGGGGAUGACAGAGACAAUAAAUUAAGAGAUCUAUUAAAUAGAGAAGAAAUCUAUGAAGUCCACAACUUCACAUCUCUCCUGUUUCAGAAUGGCUUUGAUGGGUUGUCCUUGUUAAAUAUAAUGGCCCACUUGAAAGGAUCUCAAAAUGUCUACAACUUAACUAGAAACAUUUGGUAUCCAGCAUUUUUAAACAAGACUAAUUUUAGGUCCACAAAUAUGUGGCAAGCCAUUAAAAUGAUAUCCUCUCACAAAGUUCUUUACAAACCUGAAAAGGUUAGAAGGUACUUAACUUCAGUGGCAGAGGUACCAUCAUUGUUUGCAAAUUCUCUGCUUAAACCUGUAACUAUUGAAAUUUUUCCCGAUAAGCUCCUGACAGUUCAGAAAAUUUUUGAUAUCAUUGCAAAUGUUAAUGGAAGUCGCAAUUACCUACUGAUCUCAUACGUAAUUGACAUGAUGCAGAAAAUCCAAAAUUCUGUAAAUGAAUAUCAGUGGAAUGAAUUCAAUACCUAUUGGUACAUUGGGGAAAAACUAAGGUCUGCAAAAUGGAAUGAUACAGACCUCAUUGCAUAUGGGAAAGUUUUAGAUAUACUACACAACAGUUUAUACAUUCACCACAAAGGCUUAGGCCUUCCUUUGAAAAAGGAACUUGAGCAACUGACCAAAUUUGCGAACCAUUUACUGGAAGAGCAUGGUGAAGAAAGCAUAAAUGGGGCAAAUGUCUCAAUGGUUUUAGAUGCCAUCCUAAAAACUCUCUAUGUAUUAGAAGACUUGGAAGAAAAAUAUGUCAGUGAAUUCAUCACUGUUAAACCUCUGAUGAAUGCCAAUAAUGAGACUGUCCAAAGGUUGUUACAAAUAUUCAAGGAAGGGAUAGGUAUACUUUCUGAUCCCAGAUUGACAGAAGCAUCUAGUAUAAAUAAAACUGAUACCCUCUUCAAUUUUCCGCAUUUGUUACUUUUGAGGGAGUUGUAUAGAACUUCUGUGUGGCAUAGCAGCUCAGUGGAAGCAAAAAUGUUGGAAAUCUUGUAUUUAAGCUUGAGCCCUUUUCUAAAGGAAGAUGUUCAGAAUUCCAAAAGAAUGCUGAACUGCACUGUCAAAGACCUUCAUCUCAUUACUGUUGAAGUGUUGUUGAAUAAUGUCACACUAAAGGAAGCCUUAACAGGAAGCAACUGCAGUUUCCUUUUUACUUCCAUGAAUCUGGAAAACCGAACAACCCAUAAUCAAACAUUUACAGAAUUGUUUCAGCUUGUGAUAAGAAACUUAAAACUGAUGUCAACAUUUGACACACUCCACAAAAACAAAAAUUUAUCAGAUGAAUUUCAGUGCCUCAUAAGAUCACUGCAACUUUCAUCAAGGUUUAUUUCCAUCUUGAACAGUAACUAUAAGAAUCCCUGGUUACAAAAGAUGCAUAAAAGUCUAACAGCCAUCUUUAACAAAUUCCCCCAGAAUAAUUUGACUUGCCAAGCACCGUUGUUUGGCAAUAUGGAUGUUAUAAAUGCUCUACCUAUUUUGAUUCCUUUUAUGUUGAAUGGAACAGACACUUAUUCACUAAACAUGUCUGGCAGUCCAUCUGUCUGGAAUCAGGCACUUGCAUCUUUUAUGUUGCUGCACACAGAACUCAGUGAAAAUGCCAUUGUAUCAAAGAUAUUAGAAGUGAGUAAAAGUGCUGUCAACCAAUCAAAAUGGAAUAUUUUCUCAAAGGUCUUGAGCGAGGUUACAAAUAUGUUGGACAUCCAUCAGAAUGUGACAAGUGCAAAGCAGUAUGUGCAACUACUAGAAAUGACUAGAAAAGCUCUAAUUCUUGUUGGUACUGGACUCGCUCCCAAUAAAACAGAAACACAUCAGUUCCUUGAAAUCUUACGUUGGGGAAUGAAAGCUUCCCAAUUAGAAGACAUACUUGGCUCAUUAAAGCUAUUCUUCAAUGCUACCUCUGACUCAGAUUACAAAACAUACUUGGAAAGUCUAUUUAAUGUGACUCAUCCAGCUGUUGAUGUUCUUAGUCAAAGGCUUUUCUACAUCAGUCCUCUGUGGGAGGAAACAAAUAAGGUGCUAAACUUAACCAAGAUGAUUUGGAAAAUUUUGUUCUUAAAUAAAACUGAUUUUAAUUUAGCAGCAGUGUGGGAAACAGUAAAAAGAGUGAUACCUGUUUUUGUUCCAUUGCUUCCUGAGGAUGUGCCUCAUGAUCUCAGUGCGACACAUAAAGUCCCACUGCAGUUUUCAAAUUUUCUGCUUAAAAAAAGCAGAAAACAACCACGAUCUACAACCACCAAAAACUUUCUGGAGCAGCUUGUAGCACUCCAGAAUCUCUACAACAUUACAGGAAAUGUGAAAAGGAGUCAAAGCUAUCCUUUUUUUGCUCAUCUUUCAGGAAUAAUUCACAAUGCCCAGAAUAUCACAAACAAACCAUGGUGGGAUGAGUUGAAAGUCUUUGAACAUAUUGCUAAACAGCUAACGUCCAUGAAAUUGAAUAGCACAAAUGUAGAUGCAUACAUCCAUUUUCUAAAUAUAUUGUACAGUCAUUUGUCUGCACAGGAUAAUCGUUCUGGUCUUCAUUUCAGUCUAGAACUGGAGAAGUUGUACAGACUUUUAUUCCAUGUACUACAAAAGUAUAGUAGAGAGGGCUCUCAAAACAACAUCUCAGAAGAUAUCAACACUGUCCUCAGAAAUCUAUUAUUCCAGGAAGACUUUGGUCGUCAGUUUAACAUCACCCACUUAGAAACUUUGACCAAUGAUAGCAAUAAGAUCAUGCGGAGGAUAUAUGAUAUAUUGAGGAGAGGGGCAAUAAUACUUUCCAACAGCAGAUUGAGAGAAGCAACAGAUAAAGAAAGAAUUGCCACCUUGUAUGGAUUUUCACACUUUCUGUUUCAGGAGGAGUUUAAUCAGGCUUUGUUAGGGCAUAGUAUUUCAGAAGAAAACAAGAUAGUGGAUAUUUUGUAUUUAUCUCUGAGCCCCUUCUUAGAUAAUAGGAACCACAGAGCUGGACAACCACAAAAUUGCAAUGCCCAAGAUACAAUUCAUAUAAUACUUCAGAUGCUGUUUCAAAAUGCCACCCUCCAAGAGUCUUUGAAACAAAGCACUUGUGAACUGCUUUUUAGUUCUUGGGACUCUGAAAACAGAACAAUGCCCAAUCAAACAUUUACUGAAUUGUUCCAGUUCUCAAUAAGAAGCUUAGAGCUGACUCCAGAAUUAGCAAGUCUUUACAGAAACAGUGAUGAAUACUUUUUGAAUACAUUGUCUUGCAUCAUCAAAUCACUACAGCUUUCUUCAGGCAUGCUUUCAAAAAUGGACACCCUCUUUAAUUUUAAGAAUCCUUGGAUACAGGAGAAUUAUAAAACUCUAGAAAAAAUCUCGAAAGAGCUACCAUCAAAUAAUACAGUUUGCCUAAUUCCAGUGCUUGCUGGAAUAAAUAAUAUGGUGAACUAUUAUCCUUUAAACAUUGUCCCUCCUUUUGUUGCUAAUGAAACAGAUUUUCAUUUACAAAAUUUCACAGACACCUUAGUGGAUUGGAAUAAUUUCUCGGUGUUCUUCAGGCAACUGCAAGAUUAUAUCCAUCAGAAUUCUUCCAUGAAUGAAGUUCUACAGAAGGUUGAGGAAGACUCCAGGCAAUCUGUGUGGAGUAAUUUUUCACAGCUCUGGAAAAUGGUCUCUGCAUGGAACCAGACAGAACCUGAGUAUGCAAAACUUGGUCUGAAACUAGUGGACAGAGUACUUGCUCACAGUGAGUCAAUUCCAGAAAUACAUAAGGCUGGUGUUUAUAUUUUCAAGAAACUAAUGUUUUUGGAUUUGCUAAAGGAACUAAAAGAAGAUCCGGAUCAAUUCCCCCUGCUAAAUGUAACCAAUCUGGAAUACAGAUUUGACCAUAUUAUGUCAAAUUUCACCACCACUGCCAAAACACUCUUCAAUAACAUCUUGCUUUGGAGUGAAUGGGAACAAACACCAUCUCCAAAUGAUUUGAUUGCACAGUUUCUGUUUUCAGAAUUUGAAAAUAUCUUCUUACGGAUGUCGCCUAAUCAUGGCUUCAGAUCAUACUUAAUUUGUGUAAUGAAUAUGACUGAAAGGCUAGAUAGUGAACGGUCAGAAAAUGAUACUCUACCUCCAAACUUGGCACAGUUGAAAAAGGUUAUUCUCACCCCUCGUGAUGCCUACAGGAAAUAUUUAUCUGUUCCAGAGAUCCUGAUGUUAAGACUAUCUCGCCUCCAAGACAUGACAUCACUCCUUUGUGAUGAUGAGAGCAUCAGAUCUUUGCAGCAAACCUGCCAGCUCCCUGACGUUAGUUUUGCGGAGUUGUGUGAACAGAGCAGGUUUCACAAGAAGCUUCUUCGUGAUGUAGAGCUAAGUGAUCAUGUUGCAAACAAUCUAAUUAAUCAUAGAGGAGUAUCUGGAGAACUUCGAGAAAUAGUCAUUGGGGAUCCCACAAAACUCCAGGAGCACAUAACCUGGUUUCAAGAAAAUGUACCACAGCUAAGUUAUUUCCAUGCUGUCCCUCAAUAUUUGGCUGCUAUGAAUUCUAUGGUGAAUUUAACAAAGAAUACAGGACAUUCCAAAAAGCAAGACAUGCUAAUAGAUCUGUUCAGAAAUGUUGACCGCCUCAGGGACGAUCUCAGAAAUACAGUAGGAAUGUCAACAGAAAGUAUUGAUGCUUUGAUGAACGUGCCUCUUUCAGAGAACAGAACACAGCUGAUUUUUCAAAUACUCCAGCUGGAGCCGUGCAGUACUGAUGUUCUUGAUUCUAAACUGGAAGUGGUUGCAAAGGAAUUCUGCAACUUGUCACUCACAGAGAGGGUCCGCAAAUCUUAUGCUUUGGGGAUAACAUUUUUGCAAUACUUGGAUAUUUACAACUUCAUCUACAAGAUGCUUUUACCUCAGGAGCUACAAACUUCUCUGGAUACGGUACUGGAUCUCCUCAAAUAUUUGGACCACUUCAAGAAGCGGGUUGUGUCUGAUGUCCGCCCACUCUUAGCUACUAUUCAUUCCCUUAAAAACCUACGGCAGUCACGAAAUGUACCUCUUUCCAAGGCACUGUUUCAGACUAGCAACCUAACAGUAAAUAAAGGGACAUUUAAAACCAUUUCAAAAGCUUUUUGCAACACGGAAAUUCCUCCUUUGUUUUUUGAAUCUCUACUUCCUGAUUUUGAAGAGCAGAAUGUUUACCAUUCUUCUACACAAGAUGAGCGUGUGCAACAUAUUAUGGAGAAAUUCGGCAUCCCACAGGAUUCUACACCAUUCUGCUUAGCAUUCUAUUUAGACUUGGUUAAGACACCUACUGGGGCUUUAAUUUGGUCUUUCCUAAAGCCCAUGCUGUUUGGGAAGAUUCUAUAUACACCGGACACCCCUGAAACACAAGCAAUCAUGGAGAAGUCUAAUGCAACUUUGGAGCUGAUGGCUAAUCUUACACAAAUGUCCCAGGAAUGGCUGGACAAUUCACUGUUGCUCUUGAAUUCCCUGACCACGUUAAAGGAGACCGUUCCAAUAAUGAAGAAUGCAUUGCGGAAUCCCUUUGUGCAAGUGGUCAUCAAACUCAUGGUGAAUCUGGAUGCUGUUGACCUUCUAAACCAAAUUGAUGAGCUGGAUGAUAUGCGUUUGGAACUGCAGAAUAAUGCUGACAUCAUAAAUCAACUUAACACUUUAUCAGGACUAGCAAUAAAUAUCUCCUCGUGUGUGUUGUUUGAUCGCAUUCGGCCAUUCAAGACUGAGGAGGAACUGGAGAUGAUGGCAAAAGACCUCUUUUUGAAGAAUGAGCUUUUUGCAAGUAUCAUUUUCAAGCUGCCCUCAGACAGUAAGAGAGAGGAAGGAGCAGAUCCUGGUGGCCUUUCCCUUCCACCGCUUGUCAACUAUACCAUCCGAAUGAGUAGCAAGAUUUCCCAAACAACAAAAAGAAUACGAGAAAAAAUCUGGACGAUCGGUCCACAUAACUCAAUCUCACAGAGCCAAAUCUACAGUCGAGCCUUUGUCUACAUUCAGGACAGCAUUGAAAGAGCCAUCAUUGAAUUACAGACUGGGAAGAGUGCAGAAGACAUAGCUGUGCAGGUUCAAGCUACACCCUACCCCUGCUACAAUAAAGAUAUGUUCCUAACUAGUGUGACCUACUCUCUUCCAUUUACACUGAUGGCUGCUUGGAUACUUUUCAUUGCAACCUUUGUGAAGAAACUCGUUCAAGAAAAAGACCUGAGGCUUUAUGAGUACAUGAAGAUGAUGGGUGUCAAUUCCAGCAGCCAUUUCUUUGCCUGGUUCAUCGAGUGUGCUGCCUUUCUCCUCAUUACAAUCACAUUCCUUAUUGUUAUCCUCAAAGUUGGGAAUGUCCUUCCCAAAAUAAAUGUUGUGAUCUUGUUCCUGUACCUCAUGGACUACAGCUUUUCCAUCAUUGCCAUGUGCUACCUCAUCAGUGUCUUCUUCAACAACACCAACAUUGCUGCUUUGGUUGGGAGCCUCGUCUACAUCCUGACCUUUUUUCCCUUCAUUGUUCUGCUGAUUGUUGAGAACCACAUGAGCUUCUCAGUGAAGAGCCUACUGAGCCUGUUGUCUCCAACUGCGUUCAGCUAUGCCAGUCAGUAUAUUGCUCGCUAUGAAGAACAGGGCAUUGGCCUGCAAUGGGAUAAUAUGUAUAAAUCACCUAUGUCGGGAGAUAACACAAAUUUUGGCUGGAUGUGCUGGCUAAUUCUGAUAGAUUCGUUCAUUUAUUUCAUCCUGGGCUGGUAUAUUAGGAAUGUUUUUCCAGGAAAAUAUGGUAUGGCAGCUCCGUGGUAUUUUCCACUACUUCCAUCUUACUGGGGAGAGCGUUAUGGUUACAUCCCAUGGUGGAAUGAGAAGAGAAAGGGCUUUUUUUUCACCAACCUUUUUUUGAGGAAAGAGCCAACAUUCCCUGAAAAGAUGUGUGUCCAAGGUGCUUUGCCUUCUUACCUUGAAGCUGAACCUAGGGACCUACCAGUGGGAGUUUGUCUUCAUGGAAUAACAAAGAUCUAUGGCUCCAAAGCUGCUGUUCAGGAUCUCAACUUGAACUUUUAUGAAGGAAACAUCACUUCGCUGCUGGGUCACAAUGGAGCUGGAAAAACGACUACUAUAUCUAUUCUGACUGGCUUAUUUCCUGCUUCAUCUGGCACAAUAUUUGUUUAUGGUAAAGAUAUUAGAACUGACCAGGAUAUCAUCAGAAAAAACAUGGGGAUUUGCAUGCAGCACAAUGUACUAUUUAGUUACCUCACCACAAAGGAGCACCUUCUUUUAUAUGGCUACAUCAAGGUGCCUCACUGGAACAAGCAGGAGUUACGUGAGGAAGUAGAAAGGACUUUGAAGGAAACUGGAUUAUACAACCAUCGCCACAAACUGGUUGGCUCUUUAUCAGGAGGAAUGAAAAGAAAGCUGUCGAUAUCUAUCGCCCUCCUUGGUGGGUCAAAGGUUGUGAUUUUGGAUGAACCAACCACCGGGGUCGAUCCAUGCUCAAGGAGAGGCAUUUGGGAGAUUAUAUCAAAAAAUAGAAAAGGAAGAACAAUCAUUCUCUCCACCCAUCACUUGGAUGAGGCAGAGGUUUUGAGUGACAGGAUUGCAUUUUUGGAACACGGAGGACUCAAGUGCUGUGGGUCCCCAUUCUACCUCAAGGAAACCUUUGGCAGUGGAUACCACCUGACCCUCACUAAGAAAAAGAGCACAGCCCUAAACCUGGCAGAAGAAUGCGACACAUCUUCAGUGACAACCAUGAUUCAGUCUCACCUCCCAGAUGCCUAUCUCAAGGAAGAUAUUGGUGGAGAGUUGGUCUAUGUGCUUCCCCAGUUUAAUAGCAGGGUCUCUUCAGCCUAUCAGUCUCUUCUGAAAGCCCUGGACGGUGGCUUGAGUGAUCUCCACAUUGGCUGCUAUGGAAUUUCAGACAGCACUGUGGAAGAGGUGUUUCUCAAUUUGACUGAAGACCAGGCUAAAAGUGCACAAACUGAUGAAGAGUUGUCUGAGGAUGUGCCCAGUUGCAUUCCAGAGGAUGAUGAGAUGUCUGAUAGCUUAACUGGAAGAGAUGACAAAGCACUGGUUAGGUCAAGGAAACUGAACAGCUUCCCCCUCUUACUGCGGAAGGCCACAGCCUUGUUCAUUAAGAGGUUCCAUCACACCCGGCGCAAUGUGAAAGGUUUUAUUGCUCAGGUGAUCCUUCCUGUGCUCUUUGUGACGGCUGCAAUGGGCCUCGGCACCCUGAGGACUGAGGUGGCAGAAUACCCAGAGCUCUACCUCUCGCCUUCCCUGUAUGGUUCGUCUGGCCAGGCAGACUUCUUUGGAAAUUAUAAUGAAACCACCAGUGCUUUGGUUGCUUCACUGCUUUCUUUCCCUGGAGCAGAUAGCACAUGCCUGAAUAGUAGUGAUUUAGCAUGCUUCAAGGAAGACGUGCCUGGUGAAUGGGUAUUCAGUGGGAACCAGAGUGCUCAGUAUUCCGUCUGCAGCUGCACAGACAACAGACAGACCUGCCCAAAAGUUAACAUGACUCCACCUCACAAAAGGACAUUUUCCUCUCGGACAGUUUACAAUCUGACUGGGCAUGAUGUGGAGUCUUACCUUUUAGUUACCACCAAAGACUUUGUGCAGAAAAGGUAUGGUGGUUGGAGUUUUGGGCUGCCUUUGACCAGUGACCUCCUGUUUGAUAUACAGCCAGUUCCUGCUAACAGAACAAUAACUAAGGUCUGGUAUAAUCCAGAAGGAUAUCACAGCCUCCCAGCCUACCUUAAUAGCUUGAAUAACUUCAUACUCCGUGCUAACUUGCCAAAAAACCAGUCCUCCAGAUACGGUAUUUCUGUCGUUGCUCAUCCAUAUCCUGGUGGAGAGAGUCAAGAACAAGCCAUGCUUAGUAGUUUAUUGGACAUCAUAGUCUCCAUGUCUGUCCUGAUUGGCUACUCCAUCACAACAGCCAGUUUUGUGCUCUAUGUGGUAAAGGAACAUCAGACCAAAGCAAAACAGCUGCAGCAUAUCUCAGGCCUUGGCGUGACAAGCUAUUGGGUGAUUAACUUCAUUUAUGAUCUAGUUUACUUUCUCGUACCCGUUGUACUCUCAGUAGUAGUAAUUUCAGCUUUUCAGAUACCAGCUUUCUUCAAUGGCAGUAACCUGUUGGCAGUAUUCCUCCUUCUUCUCCUUUUUGGAUACGCAACAUUUUCAUGGAUGUACUUGCUGGCUGGAAUCUUCAAGGAAACAGGAAUGGCCUUUAUAGUUUAUGUCUGCAUCAAUUUAUUCUUUGGCAUCAACACAAUCAUCACUCAUUCAGUUGUGUUUCUCCUUUCCCAAGAGAAGGCCACUGAUCAGGCCUUGCACGAUCUUGCUGAAACUCUGAGGCAUGUUUUCCUGAUGUUUCCACAAUUCUGUUUUGGAUAUGGGUUGAUUGAACUGUCGCAGCAAGAAGCCCUAAUGGGCUUCUUAAAAGCAUACGGGGUGGUUUAUCCUGACAAAACGUUUGAACUGGACAGGAUCAGUUCCAAGCUGCUUGGAAUGUUCAUCCAAGGGACCAUAUUUUUUUCAAUCCGCCUCUUGGUUGAUGAUGGGACAAUUCAGAAAAUCUGGUAUAAUACAUUAGAAUUCCUAUUUGACAAAGUUCAUGGCCAGCCAACACUGGAAGUUGACCAUGAGGUAGAAGACAAGGAUGUUCAAGCAGAAAGAGAGCGAAUCACAUCUGGCCAAGCAGACUAUGACAUGCUCCAGCUGCAGAACCUCACCAAGAUUUACCAUCUUCCUCACCGAAGGAUUGUGGCAGUCAAGAAUGUCAGCAUUGGAAUCCCAGCAGGAGAAUGCUUUGGUUUGCUUGGUGUGAAUGGAGCUGGAAAAACAACCAUCUUCAAAAUGCUAACAGGAGACAUUGGGCCAUCUGAUGGAAGGCUACUGGUGCGAGAUGAAACUGGAUCCUUGAAUGAUGUUGAUGAUGCACACUGGUCACUGUUUGGAUACUGUCCUCAAGAAGAUGCCCUAGAUGAUCUGCUGACAGUUGAAGAACACAUGUAUUACUAUGCUCGACUGCAUGGCAUCCCAGAGAAACAUAUGAAAGGAAUGAUAUUCCAGCUUCUUUAUCGACUUAACCUGAUGCCUUACCGGCACAGAAUCACGUCUAAGUGUAGCUAUGGCACGAACAGGAAGUUAUCAACUGCUCUGGCUCUUCUUGGGAAACCAUCCAUUCUGCUAUUGGAUGAACCAAGCUCUGGAAUGGAUCCUAAUGCUAAGAGGCACCUGUGGAAAAUCAUUACUGAGGAAGUACAGAACAAGUGUUCAGUGAUACUUACUUCUCACAGCAUGGAAGAAUGUGAGGCUCUCUGCACACGCCUGGCGAUUAUGGUCAAUGGAAGCUUCCAGUGCAUGGGUUCACUGCAGCAUAUAAAGAGCAGAUUUGGAAAAGGAUUUACUGUGAAGAUGCACUUGAAUAAUGGUGCAGAAAACCUAGAGAAGCUGACAGAAUUUAUGCAGUCCAACUUUCCAAACACACUUCUAAAGGACCAUCAACUGAAUAUGGUAGAAUAUCAUGUCCCCGUGUCUGCAGGAGGAGUAGCAAACAUAUUUCAGCUGCUGGAAACCAACAAAGCAACCUUCAAAAUCAGGCAUUUCUCAGUGAACCAAACUACUCUGGAAGAGGUUUUCAUCAACUUUGCAAAAGAGCAAACUGGCCCUGAGAUUUUGGAUGCAAGUUCAGACAUAGGCUCAGACAGCUCUGACUCCAGUAGCCAAGAUUCUCACCUAACUGCUCUCUACUGAAGUUUUGUUUUCUCAAGAUGUUUUACUUACUCAUUCUGUAAUUUUGUAAUUCUCGACACUAGAACCCUAAUGGAAGCACCUAGCUUUGGAUUGGGCUAUUACAUGUUUCUCAACUUCAGGUCUAUGUGCUCAUGAUUUAUGUAUGCCAAGGAUGUGGGAUGGGUCCCCACACCUUCUGGAACCGAUGCCUCUCAUGUGCUAGGGAACUUUCCCUACCAUGCAAUCCCCAAGUACCACAUUCACUAGGAGAAAACAGCUGCUCUUGGUUCAGGGUCAUAAGUGGAUGCUUUGCUGUGUGUAUGGAUUACAUCAAUAUUAAAUAAAAUUAU